GCAUCCGAGGGUGUUCCUGUGAAGUAUUUCGAGAACUUGGAGGAGCUGAUAGAUUUUUACAAGAAGGAAAACAUGGGUCUGGUGUGGCACCUCAAAUACCCAGUGCCACGGGAAGAGGAGGAGGCUGCGGAUGAAGCGGAGGAGGACGCUGACCUGGUACCCACGCCUCCUAUCCUGCCCCCGCGCAACAUCCUCAUGUCACUGCCGAGCAGCGAGGCAAAGGAGGUCCCUGCUCUCCCCGAAAACUCCCGGGUGGCAGACGUGAACAAGCUGUCCCUUUCCGAGACACUACUCCAGCGGCUGCAGUACCAGGACACCAGCAGCGUCUCUGACGAGCACCUGAAACUCAUCCAGGAUUACCUGCGCGUUCACAUCACCAGUGACUUCGAGAUGGUGCAGACGGGCUCGAGCAACCUUCCUCAGCUGAAGAAACUGCUAACAGCUCUUUGCAAAGGGCUCUUCAGCGAGGCCUCGAGGACGCUGCCGUCCCUGGAGUCCAUCCAGAAGGUGUUUGAGCAGCAGCUGCACCCCGGUCUCCACCAGCGCUCACAGAUGCUUGGUGAAGCCAGUCCAGUCAACAUCGUGCUGAAACUCAACCAGCUGAUCUCUUUGCUGUCUUCCAUUGAAGAAAAGGUGAAAACACUGCUGAUUGAAGGUCCUGAUUCAACACACCGGCGCUCCCUUAUCCCCCCUGUCACUUUUGAGGUGAAAGCUGACUCUCUGGGAAUUUUCUCAAAGAUACACCUCAAGGUUGACGUGGAAAUGGGAAAACUGGUUAUCAAGAGAGCUAAGGAUGGCCCAGAAGACAAGUUUUACACCCACAAGAAAAUCUUGCAGCUUAUCAAGUCCCAGAAGGUCCCUAACAAACUGGUGAUUGUGCUAGAGACAGAGAAAGAGAAGACGCAGCGGAAGGAGUAUGUUUUCUCCGAUUCCAAGAAGAGAGAAGGGUUCUGUCAGCUUCUGCAGCAGAUGAAGAAUAAACACUCGGAGCAACCAGAGCCGGACAUGAUCACCAUCUUCAUUGGCACCUGGAAUAUGGGUGCUGCGCCUCCCCCAAAGAAGAUCACCUCCUGGUUUCUCUCCAAGGGGCAGGGGAAGACCCGCGAUGACACUGCUGACUACAUUCCUCAUGACAUCUACGUGAUUGGCACCCAGGAGGAUCCCCAGGGGGAGAAGGAGUGGCUGGAGACCCUGCGGCAUUCCCUACAGGAAAUCACCAGCAUCAGCUUCAAAGUGAUAGCCAUCCAUACCCUCUGGAACAUCAGGAUCGUUGUGCUGGCCAAGCCCGAGCACGAGAACCGCAUCAGCCACAUCUGCACGGACAACGUGAAGACCGGCAUCGCGAACACGCUGGGUAAUAAAGGAGCUGUGGGGGUGUCAUUCAUGUUCAAUGGGACCUCCUUUGGGUUUGUUAACAGCCAUUUGACUUCAGGAAGCGAGAAGAAACACAGACGCAACCAGAACUACACGAGCAUCCUGCGCUUCCUGACGCUGGGAGAUAAGAAGCUGAGUCCGUUUAACAUCACUCACCGCUUUACUCAUCUGUUCUGGCUGGGAGACUUGAACUACCGCGUGGAGCAGCCCCCGACGGAAGCAGAGAACAUUAUCCAGAAGAUCAGGCAGCAGCAGUAUCCGGAGCUGCUGGCUUUCGACCAGCUCCUCAUAGAGAGGAAGGACCAAAAGGUGUUCCUGCAGUUCGAGGAAGAAGAGAUCACUUUUGCUCCCACCUACCGCUUCGAAAGGGGCACCCGGGAGAAGUACGCUUACACCAAGCAGAAAGCUACGGGGAUGAAGUACAAUUUGCCAUCCUGGUGUGAUCGAGUGCUCUGGAAAUCGUACCCCAUGGUGCACGUCGUGUGUCAGUCCUAUGGCUGCACCACCGACAUCACCACCAGCGACCACAGCCCCGUCUUUGCCACCUUCGAAGUGGGAGUCACCUCGCAGUUCGUCUCAAAGAACGACUCCAAGUACACGGAUUCCCAAGGGGAGAUAGAGUUCCUGCACUGCUACGCGACCCUGAAGACCAAGUCCCAGACCAAGUUCUACAUCGAGUUUCACUCUAGCUGCUUAGAAAGUUUUGUCAAGAGCCAGGAGGGGGAAAACGAGGAUGGGAACGAAGGGGAGCUCGUGGUCAAGUUCGUUGACGCGCUUCCAAAGCUGACCCCAAUUAUUUCAGACCCGGAAUACCUCCUGGAUCAACACAUCCUGAUCAGCGUCAAAUCAUCAGACAGCGAUGAAUCUUACGGGGAAGGCUGCAUCGCCCUGCGAAUAGAAGCAACCGAGUCCUUAGUUCCCAUCCACACCGUGCUGACACACCAUGGCGAGAAAACGGGGGUCUUCCAGGGUGAAAUCAAGUUACAGACAUCGCAAGGGAAACAGAGAGAAAAGCUGUAUGAUUUUGUCAAGAUUGAACGUGACGAAAUUGCUGGGCAGAAACCAAAGAACAUUGGCAGCUUAGAGCCCAGCAAAGACUGGGAUCAGACCAACAGAAAGUCCAAAUCUACUCAUCUGAUGGCCAGAGAGGCAGCAGCCAUUGCUCGCUACUGGGGGAGUGCUUCUUCUUCUCCAGACAACCCAGGAAAGGAGGAGAUGUUACGCAGCUCCACGCCCACAGACAUCAGCAACCCCAACUACCUGGGGAUGGCAGCUUUCUCUCAGCAGCCACCCGCAAGCAGCCAGCUCAAGCAGAUACCCUCCCCAGACCAGCCACCUUCUCUCUGGAGCUACGAGCAGCAGCCCAAGGACACCACCUCUGUAACGGGGCAGAAUCCGGCAUCCUCCACAUCGCCCUCCUUGUCGCCUCUGUCGCCAAAACCGCCCCUCCAGCCUGCAGUGAACAGGAGCAUCUCCAGUCGGAGUCAGGAGUACCUGCCUCCUGAACUGGGGAAAACCGCAGCAGAGCCUUUGCUUCAGGAGGAGGGACAGCAAAAGCCAGAGAUGUUUGAGAACCCGCUGUACGGCUCUAUGGGCUCCAAGGGCAAAGCAGCAGCCAAGAAAGAGCAGGACUACCCCAAGGCCUUGCGAAAAGAGCAGCUUCCACCGCCCGAGCAGAGCUUCCACCUCCCGAAGCCACAGGAGCCCGAGAGCUGCAAGGCCUCUGGCAAACAACCAUCGCCGCCUUUCCUGGUGCCCACGCCGCGGUUUCGGUCCUACACCUGCUCCGGCCAAGCCGAAGAGAAGAACGCAGGUGAAAAGACUCAGGGGAAGGCGAAGGUGACUGCACCAGCAGAAAACACAGCACCACUUAAAAAACUGGUGAAGCCGUCAAGGUCUGAGGUCGCCCCCAGCUCCCAGGGGCAGCAGAAGCCGCCCCUUCCCUCCAAGAGCCGGGCGGUGCUGGACAUGCAGAACCCCAAGGGCCGAGACUAUCGGGACAGCACGGAGCUGCCGCACUCCGGGAAGCACCGGACAGAGGAGGGACCAGUGGGCAGGACAGCCACACCGGUGUGUACCUGUGGGAGUGAGGCAGGGGGGCUUGAUUUGACCGUGGGGUCCCAGCAGAAUGAUACUGGAGUGGGACUGGUCUAA